CGAAAUUAUGUUUUAUUUUGUAAGGUUAAUAUGUUUAUGAUUAGAGCAAGGAGUUUUAAAGUGCAGUUCUUAUAUUUAUUGUAUUUUUUUUGUAUAUCAUACACAUCAACAACUCACUCACACGUCACUUCCAAUUUCUUGGCGGUUCAUGCAUUUCUGAGAGGGAGAAAUUUCUCACUGUACGAUAACGGUUCUUAUCGUAAUUAGAAAUUAAAUAUAUGAUAUACAUGUCAUAUAUAAUUAAAAUGUUAUAAAAGCUCUUAAGGAUUGCACACACGAGCUGCCACAGUACGUCAGUCACUUAAGUUAAUGUGGACUGUAAAUGACACCAUCUGGACAGCUUUAAGUUUCCACUCCUCUCUGGAAGCAACUCGCGGUAAUGAGGGCAAAUACAAAAAUACGCAAUAAACCAACUCGGACGCGUUACGCGCGAUUUACACUUUGCUUUGUUUCAGGGACUUUCAACGUGAGUCACAAAGCCUGACGCGCAGGGGCCCGCGGUGCUCGACUGGAGGCACGAGGCGGGUAAAGGGCGGCUGCUCACGUCACGGGGACACUGCCUGCCCUCCAUGUUCUGGGAAAAAAAAGUUGAGCGAAUGUCCUUUCAAUUUAUCUUAAUAACUGAGGGGUGUGACAGCGGCGACGCGUCUGCCGACGAAUUCUCUGGGACUUUCUGACACAAGCUCUACCACGAAGUGCUCGCAGUAGGGAUCAGUUGAGUUGUGCCGCUACUUCACUGAAAGCUUUUUUUGCCAGAGCUCCCCCCUCCCCACCCAUCCCUUCUCUCGCACUCGCUGGUGACCCUUGCUCCUGCGCGCGAAUGAGCGCCCCGCGCGGGACCCGCGUUCUCGGGACCCCGUCGCGGUCGUCCGGCUGAAUCCGCUGAAUGCGCGCCGCUCGUGACGCCCAGCAUGUGGAGACCGCGAGGGAGCCGGCAGCGGAUGGUGCUGGCCACAGGCGCGUGCUCCAUCUUCCUGCUCGUGUAUUACCUCCAGGGAGACUCGAGUCCAGCAUCCCACAGUGAUGUGAGUUCCAGAAGACAGGGGAAGUCUGGGAGAGGCCCACUGCAGUCUCUGCACUAUGCUGACCAGGGUCACGGGGAGCUGAAGCCUAACCCAGCAAUACAGGGCCACGUACAAUCCGCAGUGCAUGCGACUCAUCAAGGGCGCCGGGAGUUGCUGAAAGAGGCGUGCCGUUCCCACACCAAAAAGAGGCGUGUGCUCAUCCCCGAGGACCUCAAGCACCUCAUCGUGGACGACAAGCACAAAAUGCUCUACUGCUACGUGCCGAAGGUGGCCUGCACCAACUGGAAGCGUGUACUGAUGGUUUUGACAGGGAAGGGUCACCACUCAGACCCCCUGAAGAUUCCCGCCAAUGAAGCCCACGUCCCGGGAAACCUGCGCACGCUCUCCGAGUACCCGACCUCUGAGAUCAACCGCCGCUUGCGCAGCUACCUGAAAUUCAUCUUUGUGCGGGAGCCUUUCGAGCGACUGGUGUCCGCCUACCGCAACAAGUUCACCCGCCGCUACAACAACGCCUUCCACAAGCGCUACGGUACCAAGAUCAUCCGGCGACACCGGGCAGACCCGCAGCCAGAGGCCCUGGAGCGUGGUGAUGAUGUCUCCUUUGAGGAGUUUGUCUACUACUUGGUGGACCCACACACUCAGAGGGAGGAGCCCUUCAACGAGCACUGGGAGCGGAUCCAUUCACUCUGCCACCCCUGCCUCAUCCACUAUGACGUGAUAGGCAAAUACGAGACACUGGAGCAGGACUCUCGUUAUGUCCUCCAGCUGGCCGGCGUGGACAGCCAGGUUCAGUUUCCCACCACUGGCAAGCACACAAGGACUACGGGUGACAUGGCUGCACAGUUCUUCAACAAUAUCAGCCCCUUCUACCAGAGGAAGCUGUACAACCUGUAUAGGAUGGACUUCCUGCUCUUUAACUACUCUGUGCCAUCAUACUUGACUUUUAGAUAAAAAAUCCUUUUAAUAUGUGUGUGCGCGCGCGCAUUCUUAUUAUGUGUUUGCUGAUGUUUAUUUGAAUUACAGAAGUACACCAGCUGUCAGCAGGCAGCGCAGGCUUCAGCUUGGCAGUUAAGAAAAUGGCCAGAUGUUUGUUUCGGGCCUUAAUGCAAAAUCAUUUGCACCCUCGCAGAUCAUUUUUGUUUUAAAUGUUAAUAUUCAAUAUGAUUCUAAUCUAAUUCUGUCCCAUGAAAAACGGUGUAUUUGUGCUUAAGAAAAGUAUGUGAACAAUUAUUGGUCACCUGUCGCCUUCGCAUGCCUGUCAUGCAGUCCACUCUGCGCUAGUGUGUGUGACUUUGUGCAACAUUUUCUGCAGCAUUACACCUUUUUACACAGCUUCAGUUAUCAUUCAGUGGUUUUUCACUCAGAAGACAAGGUUCCCCAUUCUGCUGCGUGCCAUAGAAAAAGGGAAAUUGAAAAGUAAGUUCACUUGCACAACUCGCAACUUGCACAAGUGUCAGUUUAGUUUUUUAAAGUCACCAUUUAUGCCACUAAUUUUGCUGUUGAUAAGGAGGGCAGCAAACAGGAAAGCUUAGGCCACAGUCUGCAACAGGUCAUCUUGUUGAGUAUGUCAGCUGUAGGUGGCAUUGUGUUUUGGUCAUUGUAAAGUUGACAUCGUGGUGGUGGCUGUACUUUAGGUGUGUUUCUCUUCGUCUCACUGUGUUCCUUCAGCCACCACAUGGUCCUGUUUCACUUUGCAAACAGCAUCCAUUGCACCAUCAUUUUACGUGAUACAAGUUGUACUUACAAAGAAACUGUGAAUUAAACCUGCACUAGCCAUCACAAUAUAAUGAUACUUCCAGGUUGUAAGGUGUGUUAAAUGAUCCACACUGACAAUCAGUACAGGGGGAGGGAGGGGCUGUAAGAAUCAUGGGAGACACUUUGAAGACGUAAGCUUGAGGGACUGUGUUGUCGCUCUUGAAAAGAUCACUGGAAUCGGAGCAGAGAUAUUAAAAGGACUCAUGAGUGUCCCUCAGCUGCUGACGAUGAAGAAAGUGCAUUAUUUAUUAGGAUACUGUGUUCCACACAUGUGAAUGUUGUCCCUAGUUUCAGUGGCACUUUGGGUACCUUUGUUUUAAAUAAAACGGAU